CCUGCGCAACCUCGUUCUCCGCCCAUCUGAAGCCUGGACGCGCGCGCGUGCUGCCUGAACGGGGUCACGUGCCUCCCAAAGAGGCUGGUGCCAGCUUUUUUAAAGAGACCAGCGGAGGGUUGCGCGUCCCGCCGCAACAGAAACACCGAGCCGGAGAGUAGCGUUGUUGCUCAUCUACUUCUGCCCUCGCCUCCCGCCUCUUCCCGAAAGACUCCUCGCCAAGAUGGCAGAUCUGAACCGGCAGCUGCAAGAAUACUUAGCCCAGUCUAAGGGCGGCGGUAGCUCGACGGCUUUGUCAGUGCCUCAGACCCCUCCGCAGGACGAGGCAGAAGAAACUGGGUCGGGCUUGGGGGUCUGGCUGCGCCGCAUGAACCCUUUCCCCGCGACAGGAGCGUGGUCGUGGGCGGCGGACCCGGAGCCGGAUCCGUGGCUCCCGACAGGGGUGUCCCGUUGGCAGCGACUGGUGGGGAGUGCGCUGUGCCUGCUGCUGGCUGCUCUCUGUUUCGGCCUCGCCGCGCUUUAUGGGUCGCUCCUGCUGCUGCGGAAGUUUGCGCUGCUCUGGUCCUUGGGCUCGGCCUUUGCGUUGGGAGCCGCCGGCUUCUUGCGGGGCCCGAGUCGCUUCCUGGGCGACCCCGACCGGCGCGGCCUGGCCAUCCUUUAUUUGGGCUCCGUGGGCGGAACUCUCUACGCUGCUCUCGGACUCCGAAGUACGCUGCUCACCGUGCUGGGAGCCGUGGUCCAGCUGGGAGCCGGAGGAGCCUACUUGUUUUCCUCGUUGCCUGGCGGGGCUGCUGGGUUGCGCUAUGUCAGCAGCUUCCUGGGCAGCUUCGUGCGACGAAGCGUCUCUAAAGCACUUCCAGUGUGAGUUGAUCUGUCGUCGAAAGUCCACCUCCUGGACUUGGGAAGACCGCUCCGGAAGAAGACACCAGGGCUGCUUUUCAAAGCAAUGUGCAGAGCAGGAUAUGUAGGCUGAAUCCCAGAAAUCGUGGAAUAGAACAUUUCUUCUGCUACUACUUGGUGAAUUCCAGGAGACAAAAGACAAGGGGAUAAUUCAGUUGCCUCACUGUGGCUGUCUUACUGCUGAGCAGUAGUAGUAAAACAAAGGUUGUGACUUAAAACUGAACUACCUACACUGGAAGGUAGAAGUAGCCAAAGGAGAAUGCCUGUUUUUGCAGGCUCCACCUGUUCCUCUAGCCAUUGUACAAACAUGCCCCACUAACCAUUUUUAAAAUUUACAGCCUCAUGAUUUCUCUCAUCCUCAGACCAUAGGAGAGGCAGCGUAAUGUUUCAUUUACCUAUUCCAGUUAUACAGUGUCUUCUGACACAAUUUUGGGUGGAUGUGAUUAGGAUGCUUUGUCAACCAUCUUAAUUGAUGGUGUUGUUGCAUUGGGAUUUGUCCAGCUGCUAUUGGCCUUUGGGCUGCUGUGAUUACAACUUCUCCCCUCUGGUCAGUGGCACUGCCCUAAGUGGCCAUUUUGGCCUGGGCUGCAGAACAGACCUGCAUUAGUUGAGAUCGGAGCUGAACAUAAAAGUGUACAUUGCCCUAUAGUUCUGUUCCUUUAGAAUAAUAUCUGAAUGUAUUAGCAUGUAAAGCCAUACACAUGAACAGAUUUUCUGUACAUGUUCUGGAAUCCCUCGGCUGAAUCUCUCAGUUUUGCUCUUUGUUGAUCAUUCCCUCCUGCUGCUCCUCUGCACUUUUUAGCUCCAUUCACCAGGGAGUGUUCCUGACAAUGCUUCUGCACCUUCCUGAACAGCCCUUUUGAAAAAAAAAACAACUACUACUAAACUUGUAUCCACAUAAUAGCCUGGCUGGCAGUGCGUAGAAGAGAAGAGGGCAACUCUUAACUGUCUCAUGGUCUUGCUGUCUGUCACUUUCUUACCUUGCUGUGUUUCUUGUUUCUCUCUCUUAGGUCUCCCUCCCUCUUCACAUCUUUCAGAGUGGUAGACCCACGGUCAGAAGUAAGCCGACGGACUGGUCAGAGGUACAAAGCAUCUUGGCUGGUGCCUGUGACCUGUCCCUUGGGCAACUUGAAAGAUACCCCAAACCUUUGUCCCAGGCACCCAUCUUAUCUGCAUGGUGGGAGAGGGUUGCCCAGUUAAGCAAGAGAGGAGAGUUUUCCGACUGAGCAGCCUCUGAGCCCUUUAAAUCAGCUGCCAGCCCAACAUCAGUGGGAGAGGCCUGCCCUGUACAGGGCUCUCCUCUCUUGCUUUCCUGAGCAGCCCCCUCCUACCUUACAGCUAGGUCUGGAUCUAGCUAUCUGAAAAAUUUGCCCCCAGCCCAAAUUAGGGCAAGAGAUUGGUGUCUUUUUCUGUUGGGAAGUGAGGAGGAGAAAUGAAGCCCGAGGAAUCCACUAAUUAUUGUCCUUAAAUUGUCCUGCAUUAAAAGUGUAAGAACACAAGGUUUGCCUUGUUACUAAAGAAUAGGGCUCAACAUUAAUGGAAGCAUAACUACAGCAGCAUUACUUUUGUGCCAGCUCAUGGACUGGAAGAAAGGACUUUUAGUGCAGCCACAAGAAUGAAACUAAUGUCUGACUCCAAAGGUUGAAGGAAAGAAGAAAUGCUGGGCAAACUGUCAUUAAUGAUGGAGUGAUGUUUGAAAGGACUAAAAAUGUGUGUCUGCCUUACUAUAUGCUGCUUAGCUGUUUUCUCAGUAUCUGGCAGUAACUUUUGUUUUUAAUCAUCUAGCUCAUUACACUAACUGGUGUAUGUGGCAGUGGAUUUUGCACUGUAUUUGCUGGGUAAUAGUAAGCUGACCUCAAGUUUGGUCCUUUGAAAAAAAUUCUUUAAAAAUGCAUAGACCAAUGGUCAGUUUGUGUGUCUCUUCAGCCUUUUAAGAGGAACUUGGGUCUCCAACAUUGCAUAAAACCCUUGCAUUCUGGAAUUAUUACUCUGUAAAUGUAUAUUUAUCAAGAUUAGUUUUAUCAAAUUCUUGCCUAAGCAGAAUUUGUAAAGGGUCCAGUAAACUCUUAACAGACUUCAGUUUAGUGGACUUUUAAUUUAAAGGGCAAAAUCUAGAUCCUGAGAGUUGCUGUAGUUGGUAUCCUGUGGUACUUUGCUUGCCUCUGAAGGCUUCUUCUCUGGCUCUUGGAUUGGCCCAGUCAUAAGGCUGGGCAAUUGUUCUGGCUCUGGUGCUCCCGGGCUCCAAUCCUCAGCCUCCACAUGGCCCCUCAGCUGCAGCUUCUCUUUGAUGUGCCAAUUAGCUGGGCUUGUGUUUGCCAGAGUCUCAGGCUAUUGUUAGAAUGCCUAUGGCUUUCAUUGCUUUUUGCUCCUUGGUUGCAGCUAACAUUCUUUGCGGGAGGGACAUGUUCUUGGCCCUCAAGAUGGAACCAAGGGAAAAGCCACAAGUAUGUUUUUGGAUUCACAAAAAUCCCACUCCUUUUUCUCUUAGUUAGUUAGUUUCUCUUAAUUAGUUCAUUAAGCAGAAGUUUUACUGUACAGAACAUGUCUGACAGUGUUCAAAAUUGUAUGACUACAUGAGUGCUAAAAUAUACUUCAAUCUGAAUUCACAGUCGUUAAUAUAUAGGUUAAUUCUGCCGGAAUGGGUUAUGAAGUUAUUGGGAUUUGAGGAAAUGAUUUGAAAAAUCUGGAUAAGUUAUUCCCAUAACUUAAUUCCUUUGAGGAUUGGAAUUGCCCUGACGAUUAAAACUGUCAUGAUUUAAGUGUACAUGAAACCUUCCAUUAUGUCUGUGUGUUGCUUUGAACAGCUUUGGCUCCUAAUACUUAAUGUAUGGCAUAAUGAAUUAUUAUGCCAUACAUUAAGUAUGCCAUACAUUAAUUAUUAUGCAGUAUUAUCUAGACGGUUUAGUGUAUCAAGAAGCUGCUUCUACCACAAAGCAAAACAGGUUGAUCUGUGAUAUUUUCUGCAAAACUACAUUCAUUUCAUAGUACAACUACAUCUAUAAACUACAUAAAUUCAGAGUUGGUGUCAUAAUUUUGCUCUGCAAGUAUAGUUUAUUUCUCUUAAAAUUGUAGCCUGUAAAGCAGUCUUAUAACUUUUAAGUGUUGUAUUCUCUAAAGUCAAAAGCAUUAAAUCUAGGGAAAUGGGUUUAAAUAUUAAACUCAUAUGCUUAACAAAUUAGCAAAUUCUAGAAGGUAAUUUAUAACAGGUUAAACAUAUGCACAUAACUAUGUCCAAGUGUAUAUUAUUGCAUAAGGAAGGUCUUAUAGUAGUUUUACUAAUGAAGGGAACAACUUGUAAGCAAAUGCUUAUAUUUAAGUGGAUACUUUGACUACUUGCACAGAAAAUCUACAGUAGAGCCCCAUCUUAGACAAUUCACUCAAAACCAAGUCUUGCUGAUUCUAGUGGCACUUCCAAAUUAGUGCAUUAAGAAUGGAUCUUGGUAGUGAGCUGCAGAAUAAUGAAAUGGUAAUUUUUAAUUUAAAUUGGCAUUUUUGAGUCAUAGUGAUUUGUGAAGCAUAUGUCAUGUAAUGCAAUAGAAAAUAGUUGUGAAUCAAAAAGUUGCUAAAUAAUUAAAUGGAUUUUCAUGCAAUCAUUUAAAAGAUUAUUUAAAAUAGUCUCAGAGGAGUACAAUAAAAUAAACACUGCAAUCCUUUCUCUAUUUACAACUUCAAUGGGACUUAUUCCCAAGAAGGUGAAUUAUCGGACUGCAAACCAAGUGUAUUUUUACUACAUAGACUAGCCUACAAACUUGGAGUAUGUUAUUCUAUUCCAGCUUUUCUCAACCUUUUUAUCCUGAAAGAACCCUUGAAAUGAUUUUCAGGUCUCAAGGAACCUCUGCAUAAAAAUUGUAAAAUAUACAAAAACAUAAUAUAAUUCACUUCUAACCUGCACAAUCCACAUUUUACAACCUUUACAAGAACAGCAAACUGGCAGGUCAGCAGCUGAGUCAUGUGUAAAAAUUCCCAUUACUGUGAGCUCUAGCAUUGUGUGGUAUGCAAGGUUAAAAAAAAAAGUUUGGUUUUUUUUUCAGUCGCAGUCUCUCACAGAACCCCUAGCAACUUCUCAUGGAACCUUAGGGUUCCAUGGAACUCCAGUUCAGAAAGACUGUUCUAUUCCAUGAUAUAAUGUGGCAUUUGGGGGAACAAUAUUUUCAAAAAAUCUUUAAUAAAAUGUCUGAAAUGCGA